AUGACGAAGUUAUAUCUAAUGAAUAGCCUGAUUGAAAAGAUGCAAUCCCCAGACCAGGAUUUUCGGUUCAUGGGGCUAAACGAUCUUAUGACAGAGAUCAGGCAGGAUCCAGCUUCAUUUGCAGGCGAUGAAGCCGUGGAGAACAAGGUGUUGAAUCAGGUUUUGUCUUUGGUGGAAGACAAGAUCUCCGAAGUCAAGAAUCAGGCUGUUAAAUGUCUAGGGCAGUUGAUCAAGAUCCUUCGACAGGUUCAGAUGGAAUUGGUUGUGGAUAAACUCAUCGACUUUUCAAGCGGCAAAGAUGAAGAACUGCGCGAUAUAUCUGGACUUGCUUUGAAAACUAUCACUGCCGAACUUCCUCCUGAUGGAAAGAUAGCUGCAACAGCUUGUGCCAAGUUGACGCCCAAACUUCUAUUGCAGAUCCAAAAUUCAUGGACACCUCCCGAAGCACUCGUUGAGACUUUAUCAAUCCUGUCGAUCCUCAUCAGUCGAUUCCCCAAUCAUAUUUCUGCCGUCACUCAAGCAAAGGCACCUUUGAAAGUUCUUGCUCCUCUGUUAUCUCAUCAAAGACCUGUGGUCAGGAAACGCGCCAUCAUCACUCUUUCGCAGUUCAUCCCUAUCUCACAUCCUGCCCACUUUACCGAGCUUUUGAAAUCAGAUGUCCUACCUAAUCUUACCCCAUCGGCUAGCCUUGACAAACAAAGGACAACUGUACAACUGGUUGCUGCUGUAGCGAGGAAUUCUCCGGGUCAAAUUGCUCCUGCCCUCGAUAGAAUUGUGCCUGGGAUUCUUCAAGCUGUCGACAAAGCGGAUGACGAAUUGAGGGAGGGUUCACUUCAAGCCCUUGAGGCAUUAGUAUUGAGAUGUCCUACUGAAAUCGAUUUAUACUUGCCCUCCAUUGUCGAAGUCGGAAAUAAAUUUAUUAAAUACGACCCAAAUUAUGCCGGCGACGAUGAAGCUGAUGAAGACGAAGAAAUGGCAGACCCUGAAGAGGAUGACGACGAGGAAGAUCUCGAUGAAUAUUCGGACGAUGAGGACACGUCAUACAAAAUCCGUCGAUCAGCCACUAAAUUACUUUCUGCUGUCAUUGGCACCCGCCCAGACCGUCUGACACGCACAUACAGAGACAUUUCUCCUGUGCUCAUAUCACGAUUCGGCGACCGUGAAGAGACUGUCCGGCUCGAAAUAUGGGCCACGUAUGUCGUUUUGUUGACGCAGACGACUCUAUAUGGUGGACUUCCCGACUAUAAGGACGAAUCUUCGCCUCGUGGAAAGAGAAAACGUGAUACCGACGCCCCUAUGGAUACGGAGGAAACUCCGUACACCCUACUCAAAUCACAGGUUCCUGCCCUAUCUAAGGCUUUACUGGGCCAAAUAAAGUCUCCAAAAACUUCGCCUGCUGUGCUGCAGGCCGGCUUUGGACUUUUGCAAGCCUUGUUGACAGUUCUGCCUGGGUCAUUGACCACUCAAGUAUCGUUGAUCGUCACGACUUCUAAAUCCGUUUUGUCACAAGCUCCAACCACUUCUACGUCUACUCUGCACCUUACCUGCCUUUCUUUCCUUGCACUAUUUUUCUCUAGCCAUCCUCCAAGCGUUUUCUCUGCUUCUCUUUCCACUCUUACUCCUGUUCUGCUGCGUUCUUUGGGUGAGAGGCACCCAAGAAUCACAUCCGAGUCAUUCCGUGUAUUUUCCGCUUUGCUGAACUCUUUAAAACCUCUAAAAGCAAACGACUGGACUGUUGCUCUCUAUGACCAGGCGAUUGGCAGAUUGAGCAGCCAUGACACUGAUGCAGAAAUUCGAACCUGCGCAGAAGAUUGCAUUGCUGAUAUCUGGAUUUGUGCCACCGAUGUUGCAAACUCCAAGGAUAAGAAGGAGUGGGAAUACAUUUGCAGGACUACAGGCAAGACAGACAAUGCUGUGACUGUCAUCACCAAGGUUGCCACUGCAAACGUCAGGGUAGGAGAUGAUUGGACCAACCGGUGUGUUGCGUACCUUAUGGGUCUACUGAGGAAGAGCGGGAAGGCAGGAAAGGUCGAGGUUUUCGGUGCUUUAGAUGUAUUGCUAAAAGGAUACCAAUCCGGGGUUCCUUCUGAGCUUCCUUCAACUCUUAUUCCUCAAAUCAAGACCUAUGUCUCAACUGCCGACAUUUCUUUGCUUUCUCAGGCGUUGACAACAAUUGCUCUUCUGUUAGAGCUUUCUCCGACGUUGACCUUCCCAGAAGUGGAACACGACCUCUUGACUGACAUCUACGCUGUCGCCCACUCUCCUUUGGUGUCUGGCGCAGCUUUGGAGUCUCUCUUCCGAUUCUUCUCCGCACUGGUUCAAGCCGACCACCAAAUCGCAACCCACAUUGUUCCCAAUCUUGUCAUUUCAGCCGAAAAGGCACCCAAGGCCGAGAGCAGCCCUUCGAAUGUCGCGAAAUGUAUUGCCCAAGUCGUCAAGAGCUCGAUCGGUGUUGCGGCUGGGACCAUCGCUGAAUAUUCCAAAUAUCUCAAGCCUUCGACGAAAGCCAAACCUUCUUUGGUCAUCCUCAGCCUACUCAUCAUUGGAGAACUUGGACGGUUUAUUGAUAUGGCACCCCAGAGAGAUAUCUUUGUUCUCGUAAUCGAUCAUUUUGCGUCUGACCAGGAAGAACAACGAGCAGCAGCAGCCUUUGCCGCAGGUAACAUUGCGAUUGGUAAUUUACAACAAUUUUUGCCCGUCAUUGUCAAGAUGGUCGAAAACGACUCCAAGAGACGGUUGUUGGCGCUGCAUGCCGCUAAAGAGGUCGUUACUCAUUGUUCGCAUGGGCAGUUGGAAGGUGUUGCUGAACUUCUCUGGAGACCUCUCUUUGAAAACUCUCAAAAUGCCGAAGAGUCGACACGCAAUGUCGCGGCAGCCUGCUUAGGAAAGCUGGCCACCACCGAUCCUUCUCGAUACCUUCCUCAACUUCAUGCACGGGUCAAAGAUAAAAACCCGGAUACGCGUGCAACUGUCGUGUCGGCUAUACGAUACACUUUCGCAGACACAUCUCAAUCAUUCGAUGAAAUAUUUUCACCCCUGUUGGUUGAUUUCUUGUCACUCAUGAUUGACGAGAAUUUGAUUGUUCGUCGCCUCGCGCUAUCGACAUUGAAUUCGGCUGCACGCACCAAGCCUCAUCUCAUCAGGGAUCACCUGGCUUCGCUUCUUCCUAACCUCUACAAGGAAACCGUUGUCGACCCUACAUUGAUCAGGACAGUGCAGAUGGGUCCAUGGACCCACAAGGUCGAUGACGGCCUGGAUACCAGGAAGACCGCUUACGAGACGAUGUAUACCUUGCUCGACACAUGUCUUGCCAAACUCAACCUCCAUGAAUUCCUCGAGCGUGUCAUUCCUGGACUCGCGGACGACUCUGAUGAGAUCAAGGUCAUCUCACAUAUGAUGCUAUUCCGCCUAUCCCAAGUCGCACCUGCCGCCGUCUCCCAGCGUCUGGAAGAAGCAACUCCACAGCUGGAAAAGACCAUGAAGGGCGCAACUGUCACGAAAGAUACCGUUAAGCAGGAUCUGGAGCGUGCCGCAGAGCUCCAGCGGAGUGCCCUGCGCGCCGUUGCUGCUCUGAGCAAGAUAGGUGCUGGUGUGAGCCCGAAAUUCGAUGCGCUUGUCGAAGACGUCAGGAGGAACCCUACCUGGGGAUCCGAAUUCAAAGAGCUCGUUGGACAACAAUGA